AUGAACGAUGAUUCGUUUAAUUAUUUUGUAUAUCACACUGUUGACGAGAUUGACGAAUGGAUUACAUCGUUCACUAAGGACAAUUCUAUUGCAUCGGUGGUAACUAUUGGAUCCGGAAAAUCGUAUGAAGGCAGAAACAUGCGUGGUUUGAAGAUCAGCACCGGGAGUGACAGACCGGCGUUUGUGAUCAAUUGUGGCAUCCAUGCUCGUGAAUGGAUAACACCUGCUACUUGUCUGUAUACUGCAAACAAGCUGAUGAACGAAUAUAACAUGAACAUGACAAUAACUCACCUGAUGAAUGGUGUGGAUUUCUAUCUCAUUCCCUCAUCGAAUCCAGAUGGUUACGCUUACACUUGGUCGAAUGACAGGAUGUGGAGAAAAACAAGAAGCAAAUCUGACAUGUGUGACACAUGCAUAGGAGUUGACCCAAACAGGAAUUGGGAUUUCCAUUGGGGUGGUAUGAAUUCUUGUGUCGGUUAUAAAAGAAAAAGUCUAAAGCAGCAUGUUAUCGACGUACGGGACCGCUUCAUUUAUGAAGACUCUUUCUCCGUUGUAAAGAGUCUGAAAUCUAGUCGACAACAGAUUGAGACAAAAAAUCAACGAGAUUUUGUUGAAAGUAUAGAAAAUGUUAGAGCGUACAUAGAUGUCCAUUCUUACAGUCAGACAUGGAUGUAUCCAUAUGGAUAUACAAAAUCUCCGGCUCCAGAUGCAGCUAUAUUGGAGAAAAUUGGAAGAGACAGUGUGUCUGCUAUAUCCAGCGUAGAUUCCCAUGUUUUUCAGACAGGAUCGAUUUCUGAUGUCGUGUAUGUCGCUAGUGGAAGCACCGCUGAUUUCUUCUACAGCAAAGGUAUAAAGUGCUCAUGGGGAGCAGAACUUCGUGAUACAGGAAAAUAUGGAUUUAUUCUUCCAGAAGACCAAAUCGGCAAAGGAGCUGAGGAGGCUUUCCAAGGUUUUAUGGUUAUUGCGAAGAACAUACCACUGGGUCCUUGCUAGAGUUAUGAAAGGAAAAUGAUCGUUUGAAAAAGAAUACUUGAAUAUUUUGUGCAAAAUAAAC